GCGUGUGUGCAUAGCUCGGUGAGAGUCGAGGUCGAGGCGGCCGCGGGGACGAUGGCGGCCGCAGAGUAGAACCAAACAAACGGACAAAUGGCGCGUCUCUCCUCCUCCAUGUUCUUCUCCUCCUUCUUCCUUCCCUCCCGCUGACCGUCCGCAGCUCCGCUCCUCCCGGUCUCACCGUCGACACCUAUGCCGCAGAGGAGACCCCGGACGGGACUAGCUACAUGUGAUUUAUGUUGGGUAACGGGGUGAAGCGGAAACUGGAUGACGAUGAGGACGGUUUGGAGGAAGGGCGGCGUCCUCUGGCAGUCGACGGCAUGUCUCAGGCGUCCUACACCCUGCAGCGUCAGACGGUCCUCAACAUGUCCUUCAUGAAGCUGUACAGUCCGCGCGUGGGCGCCGACCUCGGCCUUCAGCGCCGAGUCCUCAUCAACAAUGUCAUCCGCCACAUCCAUGACGACCUCAGGCAGGAAGGCGGCGCCGGCGCUCUCUUCUUCUCUGCUUCACUGCCUGUCACUGCCGCCGCCCGUAAGGAUGAAAGCUACGGUCAGUCGCCGCCUCCACCCUCCUCCUUCAGCAUCCUCUCCUCAUCACAGCCGGGACUGACGGCGCUGGACUCCUGCCUGACCCCUGCCUCACUGCUGGAGGAGGACCUGCCCAUGUUCUUCACCCUGCCGCCCUCCUCCUCCACGCAACACCACUCCCUGAGGCCGGCGCCCAAAGACAGCUUCUCCUCAGCCCUGGAGGAGAUCGAGGAGCUCUGUCCUUCCUCUUCGUCUUCCUCCUCCAGCCCACCUUCGCAGCCUCCUGCUCGGGUUCUGUUUGAUGUUGUCAUGAAGGAGGAGCGGCGAGGCUUUCAGGAGGUGGAGAGCCGGUUGGAGAAAGCCCCUCCCUCGCCGUCCUGCCCGGGCUCCUUCCUGACUGACUUCACGCUGGACGAUGUCCUCUUCACAGACAUUGACACUUCCAUGUACGACCUCGGGCCCUGCCUGCCCCCUUUAGGAGCGCCGCCAUCCAAGAUAGCUGACGACCUUGUCCGGUCGAUGUCAGGGGCCGGAGCUCAGAACCAGCCUUUUAAUAAACUGGACCUGGCCGAGCUGGACCACAUCAUGGAGGUGCUGGUGGGCAGCUGAGAGGAGAGUUUUUAUAACUUUUUGUUAAUUUUGUACAGUUUUAAAGUUACGUCGUCACGCCGGCCUUAUUCUGGAGGAGUCAAGCUGCUGUGUGUGAGGUUUUUACAUCAAUGAAUUCUGAGACAUUAAUUUCCUUUCAAAAGCUUUUAUUUUAUGCUUUGGAUGGAGAUCCAAACAGGCCCUCUGUAGAGAGUUUCAGAGAUGGCAGGUGGUUCUGGUAAUGAAAUGAAAUGAGGAGAGGCAGGAAACACUGUGUAAAGGCCUGGUCACGCCACCACAAGUGGCCCAGAGAAAGUCAACUCUGGCCAUCAUGGUAGCACGAGUCAGUUACAGAAGCUUUAGAACAAACACAGCAUCUGAGUUUAAAGUAUUGGAAGCAUGAUGAAGAUCCACCAGCAGUCUGUCUUCCAGCAAACUCCGGGAUUAAAUAACGCCAGCGUGAAGCACCGUCCGGUUUUUUAUCGCUGCCCGAUAAUUGUAAGAAACAAAAUAUCUCCAGAGACGUUUUAUUUUUACUGUCUGUGCAUGAGUAUUCAUGAAAAAGUAAAACAAUCCAGUGCCUUAAUCUGUCACGAACGCUGAAGGACGUUUUAUUCCAAAAUGCAGUUAAAUUACUUUAAAUUCAUCAUGUAAUGUCUUUUAAAAGUGGAAUUUAUUUUGUCAGCAAAGAAUGUGGAAAUCUUUUAAAAAAGUUACACAACGUGUAAAUGUCGAGCUGUUGGCCCGUGGGCGUCAGUUCGUAGUGCACUGGGGGAAGCCCCGUAGUGUCACUUUUAAACGGUAAAUGUAGGUGUAGGAUAUUUAACUGAAAAGUCAGAGUAAGGACGUGGAUGGGGAUGACGGGGGCCACAAACCGGACUUUGAACCAGGAGACCGGUGUUAGUUUCCCGUGUGAAAGAAAAAGUCAACAUUAAAUGGUUUUAUUUAUGUUACAUAAGUUAACUGAUGUACUUAACAUAGUUAUUUUAACCUAAACCCUGAUUCUGAUCCUUUCCUAAACCAAGCCAAAUUGUGAUGUUUCACAACGUUAACAAGUACUUUUAUUUUGAAAGUCUAACUGGAUGUUGCAUAUUUAUUGUUGCCAACUUGAUCGUGGAGCCCUAAACAUGGAAUGACUUUAAAGCAGUGGCUGGCAGUAGAGUUAAGAUGGGGAACAGGUUGAUUUUGCUGUAAAGUAAAAUAUGAGUCUGCUGUGAAGAUUUUCACAGAUCUCCUGAAAAGACCAAAGACAACAACGUGUUGGCCUGCCAGGAUUCACAGGAAGGAUCAAAUCAUUUGUUUGUUUUAGGGUUUUUUUGUUGGGUUUGAUAAAAAGAAAAAGAAAUAAUAUCACCAGACUUUGUUUCAAACUAAAUUUGGCAGUUUUCUCUGUUGAGAAAUCACAGCAAACGUCUCUAGCGUGUUACAGUAUCCUCAGCAAUUGACACUUUGUCGUCGUCGGUACAGUUUGUCCCGGUUGUCGGGUGAAAACCAAUUUAUAAAUCAGUAAUAAAGCUUCCAUCUAAAACAACACGUUACUGGCUGAGAGAACAUGGAUGUACAGGUGCAUCUCGUGGAAAAGUUCAUUUUCUUCGGUGUGUUUAGUUUAAAAAAAAGAUUCAUUACACAUAAAGUGAAAUAUUUUAAGCAAUUUUUUUGUUUUAAUCUAGAUGAUUACGGCUUACAGCUCAUGGAAAUCAAAGCUCCAGUAUUUUAAAAUGUACGACAGUGUUAGAAUAAAGAUUUUAUAAUAAAGAAAUGUCAACCUGAGAGGAGCUCUAAUCAGCUGAUUAACACCUGCAAAGGUUUCCUGAGUCUUUCAUCUCUCUGUCUGGUUCUGGUGCUCACAAUUAACUUUUCCAUGAUAUUCAAAUUCUUUGGGAUGCACCUGUAGUGUAUUUUACUCUCUAAAUAUCCGAUUUGGUCAACAGUCGUCCGCUAACGAACACAGUGUGGACCUCCUUUAGCUUCGGUCUAAUUUUAACUUUGCAGAACUCACUUUAAACUCUGUUUUAACUUGACCAAUCAAAUCUCACCAAAAUAAAAGAGCGGUAAGUAACUGCAACCGGGCGUAGGCUACAAACCUCACAUCUGGUAAAAAGGAAUCAUUUAACUACGUGUUUAAAGGAGGUACCGUGUUUUUAUUUUUUUACACCAACAGCGGCAUUAAUACGAACUUUGAAAUGCAGUCGUCGUCUUUUAUUAGCCGGCCCAGAACACACGACUGUGAAUUAUUUAUUAUCUCUCAGCUCCAGUGUAUAUUUAUUGUUAAAACUAAUGUUUGUACGUAACAUAACAUGUAUUCUGUUUAGAAUCCACCAAAACUGACGUCUGACGAAAUCUGACAGAAGGUCAACUCUGGGGGUUUGGGUGAAAUGUCUUCUAUGGAAUUUACCGUCAUUUAAUGAAUGAAUUUUCCACACUAUGUAAUGUAUAUAUUUUAGGAUUUCAUCAAUGCAAACCGCCUGAGUUCAACCACAGCUCUUGUGUGUGUUUGAGAUGAGUGGGUAAACACUGGGACAGUUUUACUUAAAAUUUUAAUCUAAAACACUAUUUUUGUUUUUAAACGUUUGAACUUGUUUCUGAUUUAUAUGUUUGUUUCCACCUGGUAUUAACUUGCAGUCUGUAUAUCUUGGUGUGUGAUCCGGAUUUAAAAAAAACUCCUGUUAAAGGUGUAAAAGCACCUAGAACACAUUUAGAGUUACUUAAAAUGGUGUUUAUGGAUCAGAUUGAUCAGAUGGGAUCGAUCCUGAUACGUCUCCACCUGCUGGACUGAUGAUGUAGCAGCAGGUUGUUACACCAGUAAGAAGAACUGGGUCCCAGUAAUUGUAUACAGUAUGUACUCUGUCUUUAUAUAUUAUAUAUUUUUUAUAAAUCUUCAUAUGUGUGUCUUUAUAAUAAACUGGUGUUACAGUUGG